AUGGAGGCAAAACCUCAAGUUGUCGAGGUGCCGAGUAAACAUCAGUUUUCUCGCUCCACGAAAAUCCUACUCUGGGUCAUCCUACCGGCCAUCUUUCUCGCUCUCGGUAUCGCGUCGCCCCUAACAGUACUGCUUUCCCUGUUCGUCCUAACUCCGACGUUCUUUCUGCUACGGUAUGACCGUGCGCGUCCCGCAGACCAGAGGACGGAUAUCGAGACCUUCGUUUGGACGUAUGUGCUUGUCGGCACUGUUGGAGUCUUCGCUGUCGUUGUUGUUCAGUCCCUUUUAUUUUACUUAUUCAGCUAUGCGCUGUUCCCGUCCUCAGCGCCUGCCCUUCUCGCUGAGUUCGCAAGGAGUGAGAGUCAAGUCGCUAGUCUAGAUGCCGAGGCGUUAGCUUGGAGGAGACAGAUUGCUAGUAGUUGGCAGUAUUGGACUUUUAUGUUCUUGUUUGCGUACCUUGGUGCUAGUAUUCCGGAAGAGCUUCUCAAGUAUUCUGGUUUAGCAUACGCCCGACGCAGGGGGCGCAUUACACAUGAGCAUAAUUAUAUUACGUUGGCAGCCGCUGCCGCUCUAGGCUUCAGUACCUUCGAGAACAUCGGGUUCAUCUAUGCAGCCGUGCAGGAGAAUAAGGGUGUUGCUCAUCUUUUGCUAGCCAUUGUUGAGCGUGUAGUUAUUGGUUCGCCCAUGCAUCUGAUGGGCGGCCUACUUAUCGGCCUGGGCACCGCCGGGCGGGACUUUCGCGGGAAGACCUCGAGUCUAGCACAGAUUAUAGGUCUUCCUACCCUCAUCCAUGGGGCCUGGGAUUUCUCCCUAUUUGGCACCAGUGCCUUAAACGGGAAUGUCGGAUGGAUCCACCCGUACGGAAAGUCGUUACUAGUUGUUCUCGUCAUUGCUGUUAUUGUCGAAGGUACACUGCUUCUCGUCGUCCGGAGACGGUUUGCUAGCUGGAACUCUCACAAGGUAUGUUAUCUUCCAUAA